AUGGCACAUGAUCAAGUUUGGUUUUCUCGACCUCGUUCAUAUGGUAAAGGAUCUCGAGGAUGUCGAGUUUGUGGGCAUGUUGCAGGGUUAAUUCGAAAAUAUGAUUUAAAUAUAUGUAGACAAUGUUUUAGAGAAUAUGCAGUGAAUAUUGGAUUCCAUAAACAUCGAUAAAAGGCAAAAUAAAAAAUAUAUUGUAUUGUAGAAAGAUGAUGUAAAAAUGUUUUUUAAUUAAAUUUGAUUAUCUGAUUGUAAAAUAUCAUUUGCGAGUUUUUCCCGUUCGGCUUCUCUCAUUCGCAUUAAUAUUAUAUUUUGAUAAUCCAAAUGGUUUUGAUUUAAACUGGGCAUAGUAUUUGAACGUGAUAAAGGUAUAUUUUUUGAAAUGUUUGGAUCAGGAGUUUCAUUUAAUGUUACAUGUUCUGAUAUUCCGGUUAAAUCAGGUGCUUGUUUUGCCCAAGAAACAUCUUUCAAAUGUAUAAAUGGCGUCUCUGCCAGCAAAGACGCUUCAGAUAUCGCAGCAUGCUAAAUCCUAUUAGAGUUAUAAAUCAAAGGCGUUUUCAUUUACCGCAGAAACAACUGAUUUAAAUACAAUUAAUGCUACAAUAAGUUUUUUUUUCUUUGUAUUGUCCAUUAAAUCCUUCAAAAGUACAUCUUCAAUUUUUCCAAAUCUUUCAAAUGCA